AUGCGAGUCUCAGCCAGGCUCCUCGCUCUCCCAGCAUCCAUCCUCCUCCUCCUAGCUUCCCACGCCUCCGCCGACGCCCUAGACCGCGAGCAGACGCCAGCAGCAUCAUGGCCUUACAACCUCCCCGCCCAUGUCGAGUCCAGGUCUGAGGAUAUAAGAAACAGAAGGCGCGCUGUGGAAGAGAACCUGCGGCUGGGACGGAAGCCUGUGGGGGUCAUGAAGAUGAGCCAGGAUGAGGGCGAAAAGUUCUACAUGGAGUACUGGCAAUUUGAAGGGAACUUCGGGCAGAAGCAGACGCCGAUGGGCGAUUCUGAACGAAAGAAUCCGGCACUGAGGGGGCGGGCUUUGGACGAAAGAGAGCAAGAGAGAUUGGCAGCGAAUUCAUCUGCGAUCUUGGACUUUAGGCCGCCGUUCGUGCUGCACACGGAAGAUUCAAGCCCGGCCAGCGCCAAGGAGCUGCGUCUUCGAGACUCGAAGCGGGCACUGACUGCCCUUCAGAAGAGAGGCUUUACGUGUCCAACCGGGACGGCGAGUUGUGGGAUCAUUGGAUUCCCCGGGAGCUGCUGCUCCACGAACGAGGUGUGUUUCCAGAUUGAGGAUACAGGGUUGGGACAGGUUGGUUGCUGUCCAGCUGGGGCGACAUGCGGAGGGACGAUCACCCAGUGUGAUGUGUCAAAUACACCGUGUUCUGCUGCUUUGGGCGGGGGGUGCUGUAUACCGAACUAUGUAUGUGUAGAGGGUGGUUGUGUUAUAGAUCCGUCUCUAGUUGUUACGACAGUGAUCACGCAAACGUUUACUAUCACGGCUUCUUCGUCUACGAGUCUCCUUUCAACCGCCCUCCCCACCAUAGCAACAGGGGUCCCUCCGAUCCGUCCCACCAGUGGCUCAUCCUCAGACCCAGCACCCACAACCUGCCCAACAGGCUUCUACGCCUGCGAGGCCUACUACGAAGGCGGCUGCUGCCGCACAGGUCGCAACUGCGAGAAGACGUCCUGUCCGCCCACCCCCUCAACGACUAUUAUCGACAACGGCGUCACUAUUGUCGUCCCCGUCGGCCCCGCGGCGACAGUUGCGAUGCCGACGGGGAACUGUGCGGCAGGGUGGGCGACGUGUGCGGCAAGCCUGGGCGGGAAUUGCUGUCCGAGUGGAUGGGCGUGCGGGACGGCGAGUUGUAGCUCUGUGGGUCCGACGGAGACUCACGUUGCGCAGAAAGCCAGUCCGGGGAGUGCGGGGAGGAAGAAGGGGGCUGUGGGUUUGGUGGUUGGGGUGGGCUGUUUAGCUGCUGGGUUAGUUGGUUGGUGA